AUGUCCAUCCAUUUUGGAUGCACCAACGAAACCAGCUUCACCGCAGUCUACAUCUUCCGCACAGAUCCGCUUUCCGCUCAAGUAUUGCUAGCUACCGCUUUAGUCCAGGUCCGCCCGCAUCAUGGCAAUCCAAUCACCGCCAGAGUCUUGAUUGAUCAAGGUUCAGAGCUCUCAUUUAUGAGACAGACGCUCUUCAAGAAGCUCGGACAACCGCUACAGCGUGACAUGGUCAUGCUCAAGGGCAUCGGCAAUGUCUCCGCAGGAAGCUCACUAGGUGUGAGCACAAUUGAGCUUCGUUCGCUGUAUUCGACCGCAUCAAUGCAUGUCAGCAUGCAUAUUCUACCAACAUUGACGGUAGAUCUUCCAUCGUUCGUGAUCGCUGAUCCGAAAUGGCCGCAUCUUGAGAAUCUCAAGCUCGCUGACCCGCAGUAUCUACAGCCACGCCCUGUAGAUAUUAUUCUAGGUGCAUCACCAGCCGCACAGAUCAUGAACGCAGAGAUUCAACGAGGACCUCGCAAUGCUCCUAUUGCACAAUCCACCACGCUUGGUUGGAUCGUCUAUGGGGCUGUCACCGCUAAACACGCUUCAACAUCACACGCAGCACUACAUGCGUCAGUAGAUACUGAAUUACAAGACGCUAUCGCUAAGUUUUGGGAACAGGAAGAAGUUCCAUCAGGAAGUUCACCGCUCAACACCGCUGAAGAAGACGAAUGUGAAAUUCACUUUCGUCAAACGCAUUAUCGACAGCCUGAUGGACGCUACGUAGUGAGAUUACCGCUUAAGGCCCUUGAGAGUCAACUUGGCGACUCUAUCAACGCAGCUAUGGGGUCACUCCGCAGAUUAAUAACUCGCUUGUCGCGAGAAAGAGAAUAUUCUGACAUGUAUCGUGCAUUCAUGGCAGAAUACAUUCAGCUAGGACACAUGGUACGAAUACCAGUCAACGAAUUGCCCGCAAACGCUUACUUCUUGCCUCACCAUGGGGUAUUGAAGCUUGAUAGUGCCACUACGAAGCUCCGCACAGUGUUCAAUGGUUCCUGUGCAACAUCUACAGGAAUUUCAUUGAAUGAUAUUCUUCACGCAGGACCCAAAACGCAAAUUGACAUUUUUGACGUGAUGUUGAGAAUCCGCUGCAAUAAAAUUCUAUUCGCUACUGACAUCACCAAGAUGUUCAGACAGAUUGAGGUCGACUCUCUUGAUUGGCCGCUUCAGUGCAUUCUCUGGACAGAUGAGAAUGACCUGGUAGACGCUUACUGUCUCAAGACAGUCACAUACGGAACCGCUAGUGCACCUUUUGACGCUGUACGUGUGCUCAUUCAACUUGUGAAGGAUGAAGGACACCGCUUUCCGCUAGCUGUUGCUCCAAUGUUGGAUACACGCUACGUAGAUGACAUCUACGGUGGAGCAGACAAUGAAGAAGACGCUAUAGAGGUUGCAGUGCAAACAAAGCACUGUGUGCAGCAGGCUGCUUCCCGCUUGCCAAAUGGGCUAGCAAUAGUCUAA